AUGAAUCCCGCACGGGAGACAGACUCGACCUUGGGGGAGCAACCCGUCGAUGCGGAUUCGCAGCAUGCACCAAAUCAUGACAGGUCGGUCAAUCCGCCAGGUGAUUCUCAUCAAGAGAUCGAGUACUUGUAUCUCAAUUUCGACACACCCUUACCUCAUCCCGUUGGCAUCUCGUCGCCACGACCGGGGCAGCAGACACCGCCGUCAAGCCCGAAUCUGACCAAAUACGCCUCGCCGUUCCUAUGGUCCAAUGCCCGCAAAAGCGUUAUCACCGUUAUCUGCUGCUGCGUGACGGCCAUGUCCGCAUAUGCAGCGGGUGAAUACACUCCACCGGGCGACGAGUUGACCGCUAAAUGGGGGAUCAGCCGGGUCGUCUACAAUUUGGGGAUUACGCUGUAUACGUUUGGGUUUGCCAUAGCCCCCAUGGUGCUGGCACCGUUCUCGGAGAUCAAUGGAAGGAGGCCGAUUUUCGUGUCGAGCGGGCUUGUUUUUACCGUUUGCUUGAUUGGGUGCGGAGCUACAGAGUCUCUGGCAGGCAUGCUUGUGGCGAGAUUCUUUCUAGGAAUAGGUGGAUCGACAUUCUCCACCAUGGUCGGAGGUAUCAUCGCUGAUAUCUACCACGCCGAGGAUCGAAACGCGCCGAUGUCGUACUUUUCGGGAGCCGUUCUCUUCGGUACUGGAUUAGGCCCGCUCAUCUCUGGUUUCAUCCAGCAUCGUGCGGACUGGCGUUGGAUCUACUAUUCGCAGGCCAUCGUAGCCGCGGGGUUCCUUGUGAUUCUUACCCUGUUCUUGAAAGAAACCCGGGGGAGUGUGCUCCUGAGUCGCAAGGCCAAGGUGCUCAACAAGUAUUACGACGCAUUAGAAAACGCGGGUUAUCAUGGAGUUAUGUUCAACUCAAGCGACUCGGUAGAAAAACACCAUGUCCAGCGCAUCCGAUGGAAGGUAAAAAGUGACGAGGAGCGUGAAAGUUUGGCCCAGAUGCUCACGGUCUCCUGUUUCAGACCGUUUCACCUUCUCUUUACCGAGCCGGUGGUGUUUUUCUUUUCCCUCUGGGUGUCCUUUAGCUGGGCCAUUCUGUACCUCAACUUCAGCGCCAUCCCCCUCGUUUUCUCGACGAACCACAACUUCAAUGUGGAACAAUCCGGAGCUGUCUUCUCAGCUGUAUCCAUCGGCUCUAUCCUAGCCACCGUGAUGAGUGUUUAUCAAGAACAUCUGGCCACCCGACUUGGAAAGAUGACGGGGACCCCCGAAGGACGGCUGUAUUUCACCUGCGUGGAGUCGGUCUUGAUGCCCAUCGGCCUGUUCUGGUUCGGGUGGACGACCUUCCCGUCGGUCCCUUGGAUUGUACCGACCCUGGCCAUCGGGUGCGCAACUAUAGGGAUCUUUACCAUCUACCUGGCAGCUUUCAAUUACUUGGCAGACACAUACCAUCGAUAUGCCAGCUCCGCCAUCGCCGCUCAAUCAUUCUGUCGAAAUGUUCUUGCGGGUAUCUUCCCGCUGGUGACGAACGCGAUGUUUACGAAUUUGGGGUACCCGGCUGCUUCUAGUCUUUUGGGCGGCAUUGUAAGCAGCUGA